AUGAGAGGCGCUAUCUCCUCUCUCCUCCUUCUCUGUUCGCUGCUUGGACGGUGGUUCUUGAAGGCCGCCUUUGCCGUUUUCGAGGCCAGUCUGCGAAAUCAAAGCGACUGGUAUCGCAAGCCGAAGGGAUUGCGAGAGCCCCAAAUCACUAGCCAUCUAGAGGGUUGUUUCUCAGAUACUGAGAAUCGCUUUUCAAGAAGAGCUCCCCAAGAAAUUGGCCGGCGCAAAGCACGGUUGAUCCAUCGGAAGAAGCGCUCGUUUCAGACUGCUUUGGCUGAAACUACUAUUGAAGAUGACCAUCCUACAAAGAGAUGUAGAAGCAAGCCCCUGAAUCAAUGGCGGUUCUGGCUUCCCCACUCUUCAGAAUUGGAUGAUGCCGAUUCUGAUCUGCCCUCGCUCGCUGGGUAUAAAAUUCAGACUACAAGAAAUCAAAUUGAGGUCCACAAGCCUUAUGAACGACUCGAUCGAUUCACUCAAGCUACGCCCUUAGGGACCGGGACUUCUCCGGUGCUUCCAAGAAGUGCGCAAACCAGGAUUAAGAUACCCUGUUUCGGUGGUGAAUUGGUCAAGUUUUCCGAGAGCGAAUAUCGCAAUAAUCAAGGUCCUCGGGACGAUCCCUUAGGGGAUGAGUAUCUCUGUGGGCUGUCACGAAAGGGGAGGGUGGAGAUACAGAACAAGCCAAAAAAUCCCAGUAACACCGACGACGAGACACUCGUCCAGGCGGAUGGCACCGUCGUUCAGUGUAGGUGA